AAUCAAUCCAGCUGUGGUCAUGUCAGCCCGAGUCUACAUAUCUUCUCCCACUGUAGAUUCUAACUGAUCAGUGUGGUAUAGUAUCACAGUUGGAUCCCUCUCGUACAUCGCCAAUCCUAGAUCGCUCGCUCCCACAGCCAUGGCGACCACGCAAAUGUUUAGUGCCAGUAGCACUGCCGUUCUUCUGGCACCGAAAAACUCGCUUGGAGUCCCUAGCUUCCAAGGCCUUGCCGGAGCCAAGUGUUUCACAGCGUCUCCGAAGGCGGUGGUUUUCAGAGCUGCCAGCAGUAGAAGGACAGCAGCACGGAAACUCAUCGUCGCAGAUUCUGAUUACAGGAGGGAUAGUGGAGGCGGCGGCUUCUUCCCUGGCUUCAUCCUAGGUGGCGUUGUAUUCGGUGCCCUGGGCUACUUGUUCGCACCCCAGAUCUCGAAGGCUAUUCUCGGGACAAACGAGGAGGGUUCCUCACCGAAACUUCCGAAGUGGAUUAGCGAGAGCGACAAUCUCGAGGAGAAGCGGAGGAAAAUGAACGAGAAGCUUGCUGAGCUGAACCGGGCAAUCGACAAGACGUCGGCUGAGCUGAAGGGGAGUGACUUUGCUGAAGCUCCCACCAACCGGCGUACUCCGAAUGUUGAUCACAUUGAGGCCAUCUAGUCAGCUCCGUGCGCGCAUCCGUUGAUCCUCUCCUGUUGCUGAUGUUACAGUUACUGUGCGUUGCAGUAACGCAGUUGGGGUUAGUGUCUGUUACCCUGUCUGGCUGUAACGACAAAUUUCCUCUGGAGGUGUAACACCAUGCCUGAAUGGUUGACCAGGUAUGUUGUUGGUUCAGACAGCGCUGGAAAUCUAACGAAGUUCUUUCAGUAUCUAUCUGGAACAUGUAAAGUCUGGCGUCAUAGCUGUAUUAAUAAGAAAUUGUGUAAACUUCUGCUCCUAUAUUGAUUACACAAACGG